AUGGAUAUUAAAAGCAGUGGAAAUUCUGAAUGCGUUGGACCAUGUUCUAGCGGUAUGACAAACUUGGGCGCUGUACCCGCACCUAUUCGUAAACGACGUUUCAGCAGUGCGAAAAUUCAACCGACUCGAGUAAAACGGGUAAUGCAAAGUGAUGACGAAAUUGGACGUAUGGUUGCAUCAGUACCGGUAGCGAUUGGUCGAGCUAUGGAGCAUUUUGCUGAGAAACUACUUGAAACUGCUGCGCAGUGUGUCUUAUAUUCUACAUCACGCACUCUCUCUCCAUCACAUAUAAAACAAGCUGUAAUGCAAACUCCGCAUUUUAAAUUCUUGGAAUCACUGGUUCGAGAAAUACCUUUACCACCAUCAGCUGGACCCGAAUUGCAUUGGAAAACUGAUUUGGCCGACCAUCCUUCGCUUUCUGGUUUUUAUCCUCCAGGUCCUGCGACAGAUCCUUCCAGUCACAUGAGUAUGUCGAUGCUAACGACCCAAAUAGGUUUGCCAAAAUUGCCAUCUAGUGGAAAUCUGUUGAGUACUAAAAGAAGACAAAAUAAUGGUGAAAUGGAUGGCAACGAAACAAAGCCGAAAAGAGGCCGGCCACGAAAAGUGAAAAGAGAGGAGAAGUGCGUUGAUGACGACGGUUUACUUUUGGAUGACAAGCCUUUGGGUUGUGUUACAGAUGUAAAUACAUUGUCAAACGGGAUAGUGCUUAGCGAUCGAGAGCUUAUGCCCCCUCCCAAUGUUUUACCGAUACGUGUUCUCGCAGCUACUACAUUUGUGGACAGUAAACGGAACUCACCAUCAGCGAGUCCACUUUCUUCAUCUAAGAUGAAUAAUAAUGGCGAACAAAGGCAGUCAACUGUAUAA